GCGUCGCAUUCCGCCCCCUCUCUGCUCUGCAUCUCCGUAUAUGAGGUCGACAAUGAGCUGAAUCCAUAAAACAAGGGUGAUUGAUUCACACGGGCUGUUGCUGCCGUAUCGUCCAAUCUACGGCCGCAUCUCAUCGCACGUUUCUCCUCCUGCUAUACAUUUCGCGGCUUACUGACGGCCUGCCCUCAACCUGGAGAGAGAUAGUCUGAUAGAGAGCGAGAGCGAGAGAGAGGGGGACCUUUGCGUCACCUCUUGCUGAGGAAAAGCAGAGCAGAGCUCACAUGCGGUAACUGACACCUCAGAACCAUGCCUGUGGCCAGAAUCGUGGCCGCGAUCCGAGGCGCGGCCUCGCGAGAUGCAUACAAAUACAGCGCCGUCCCCGACCUGGAGUCUGAACGAGAGCCUCGGCGGCAUCGGCAGUUUGAUCGACGAGGUUCAACUCAAAGACAGCCUGCCGGGGAACCUGCACACUUUGCUGCGUCUCAGGGACAGACUAGACUGAUCAAGAUGUCGCUCGGCGGCAUGGCGCUCUUUGCCAUCUUGCUGACCAUGGCCUCACUCGGCCGGUCUAAGCCCUCGUCGACUUGCGAAGUCGUCGGCAAUUGCACAGAAGACGUUUCGCAGAUCUGGGGCCAAUACUCACCCGUCUUCUCAGUCCCCUCCACCAUUGACGCUUCCAUCCCGGCGAGCUGCAGUUUGACUUUUGCGCAAGUCUUGUCCCGCCAUGGAGCGCGGUUCCCGACGCAAAAGAAGACGGAAGUCUACCAAGAGAUGAUUGCGCGCAUUCAGAGCAGCGUCGAGGAUUACGGCAAGGGAUUCGAGUUCCUCAAGGACUAUACGUACACACUUGGCGCCGACGAUUUGACCCCCUUUGGUGAGCAGCAGAUGGUGGACUCUGGAAAGGCCUUCUUCGAGCGGUACCACGGCCUAGCCUCUGAUUCCGAACCCUUCGUGCGAGCCUCUGGGUCGGAGCGAGUGGUUCUGUCGGCACAGAGGUUCCUCGAGGGGUACUACGAAGCUCAGCACCGCGACGCUUUAAACGCAACCAAUGAUGUUCUGGUCAUUCCCGAGGACGAGGCAUAUAACAACACUCUGAACCAUGGAGCGUGCCCUGCCUUUGAAGAAGGCCCGGCAUCUGAAAUCAGGGAUUUGAACCAGAAGGUCUGGCUUGGCGUCUUCGGGCCUGCGAUCAACAGGAGGCUCAACAGCAAGCUGCCUGGCGCCAACCUGACGCUGAUCGAGACCGUCUACAUGAUGGACCUGUGCCCAUUCACCACGGUGGCCAAUACGAGCGUGCCGUCGGACUUUUGCAGGCUCUUUUCCGCGGACGAGUGGACUAGCUACGACUACUUUCAGUCUCUGGACAAGUGGUACGGGUAUGGGAAGGGCAACCCGAUGGGCCCGUCUCAGGGGGUUGGAUUCAGCAACGAGCUGAUUGCCAGGCUGACGGGCGAGCCUGUGCACGAUGCGACGACGACGAACACGACGCUCGACUCUUCACCCGAGACGUUCCCCCUCGACGCCAAGCUGUACGCCGACUUUUCGCACGACAACACCAUGUCUUCCAUCUUUGCGGCCCUGGGCAUGUUCAACUCGACCAGGGAUCUGCCGCUCAAGUACAAGCUGUCUCCCAAGAAGCUUCACGGCUUCUCCGCGUCGUGGGUCGUGCCGUUUGGUGCCCGCAUGUACGUGGAGAAGAUGCAGUGCAGCGGCUCGAACGAGCCGCUGGUGCGGAUCAUCCUCAACGACCGCGUGGUGCCGAUGCGGACGUGCAACUCGGAUCGACUGGGGCGGUGCAAGCUGGGUGCUUUUAUUGAUAGCCUGACGUUUGUGCGCGGCGGAGGGCUGUGGAAUCAGUGUCCUUUGAGGGCUGAGGGGUGAUUACAAUGCGAAGAACAAGAUUUAGAUUCAGAACUUACCUACAGUAGGUACAUG